AUGAGCUCUCAAGUCAUAACAUGCGCUAUCCAGAUACCCGAAACUAAGGAGAAGUUUAUUUGCUCAGCGAUAUAUGAGUCGAAUUUGGAAGGUGAAAGGAGGCAUUUGUGGGAUGAUUUGCGUAGUACUCACUCAGCCUACAAUCACCUAAACCUCCCUUGGAUCUUAAUUGGAGAUUAUAAUGUCACACUCUCCUCUGGUGAACAGUCCAGAGCACGUGAUUAUUUACCGGAUCAGGCAGGGAUGAGGCGGUUUCAAGAGAUGGUUAGUGAUUGCGCUCUCUCUGAUUUGGCUUAUGUAGGGGCUCUCUUUACAUGGUGGAACAAGCAAGAGGAAGAUCCUAUAUGGAAAAAACUUGAUAGGGCUCUCAUCAAUAAUGACUGGUUGCGUUGCUUUCCUGAUUCAUAUGCUCAGUUUGAAGCAGGGGGAAUAUCUGAUCAUGCACGCUGCUUGAUUCGGUUGUCUGCUACCACGGAGGCAGUGAGGAAACCUUUCAGAUUCUUUAACUUUUUGACAGAAAGUGAAGAAUUUUUGCCUACAGUAGCAAAGUUGUGGGAAAGCACUGAGACUCUUUUCCAUUCCCGUGCCUCCUUGGGUCUUUUUCAUAAGAAGCUCAACGCGUUAAAAUUUGAGAUGAGGGCUCUGAACAGAAAUCACUACGAAGACUUGGCUAGUCGUACCAAGCAAGCGUAUGAAGUAAUGUGUGAAUUUGCAAGUUCUCUGGUGGCUCAUGUGUUGGCUGAAGAGAUCCAAGGAGCUAUUCAUUCUCUGCCAGUAGACAAGGUAUCUGGACCAGAUGGAUAUACCAAAGAGUUUUAUGUAGCUGCUUGGCCGAUCAUAGGCAAGGAUUGUAUUGUGGCAGUUCAAUCAUUCUUUAUGUAUGGUUUCCUACCUACUGGUGUCAAUGCUACCAUUCUUUCCCUGAUACCUAAGAUUGAGAAUGCGCAGACAAUGAAGGAAUAUCGGUCCAUUGCCUGCAGUAACUUUCUUUACAAGGUUAUAUCGAAAAUUCUAGCAACAAGACUUCAGGCUAUCUUCCCCGAUGCAGUUGAAUCAAAUCAAUGCGCCUUUAUCAAAGGAAGAUUGUUAUUGGAAAAUGUCUUGCUGGCUUCAGAGCUUGUUAAUGGUUAUCCCAAGAAGACGAAUUCCGACAGAUGCACCAUCAAGUUUGACAUAUCAAAGGCAUUUGACACAGUUUGA